AUGUGUCCUGCGUGGCUAUUGGCUGCCGUGCUGGUUGUGGGCGUGGCCAGAGGAGCGGUCGGUCAGUGCUGGGAACAUCUGAGCUGCCGGGAGCCGAACUCUGAGAGCAGCAUCAAGGAGUGCAUCCAGCUCUGCCGCUCCGACCUCACCGCCGAGACGCCCGUCGUCCCCGGCAACGCCCACCUCCAACCCCCCGCUCCAUCAGACCCUUCCUCCUCCUCCUCCUCCUCUUCCUCCUCCUCCCCUCCUCAGGCCAAGCGCUCCUACUCCAUGGAGCACUUCCGCUGGGGGAAGCCCGUAGGGCGCAAAAGGCGCCCGGUCAAAGUCUACACGUCCAACGGCGUGGAGGACGAGUCCGCCGAGGCGUUCCCCAGAGACAUGCGGCGCCGGGCGGAACAGGAAGUGAUGAAGGAGGAGGAGGAAGAGGAGGGACCGUACGAGAUGAAGCAUCUACGCUGGAAGGUCCCGACGGGAAGCAAACGCUACGGAGGCUUCAUGAAGAGCCAGAGGCCACUGGUCACGCUCUUCAAGAACGUCAUCAACAAACACGCACAGCAGCACAAGUGAGAGGGGAAGCCCCUCAUUGGCCGGGGGAGUCUACCAAUGAAAAGCUCCGAUCC